UGCAAAGAGUCAAUAAUGUGGUCUGACCAUGAUUGUUUGAUUUAUAAAAUGGCUCAAGGACCAGCUUUAGUUUGUAGACUUUUGGCUUCAUCAGUAUCUGUUGCUCAUAAAGCAGGUAAAAUAAUCCGUGAUGUUAUGCAAAAAGGAGAUUUGGGAAUAAUUGAAAAGGGCGARAAUGACUUGCAAACUGAAKCUGAUAGAUCUGCACAACGGUGUAUUGUUGCAUCUUUUAAAAAUCUGUAUCCUAAAGUGAAUAUUGUGGCAGAGGAAGUAGAUAAAAUAAGUCAAAAUUUAGAUGUUCCUGCAGAUUGGCUAAUUACUGAUCUCGAUCCUAAAAUAUUGGAUUUAGAAUGUCCAAAAUCAUUACUUGAUGUUACAGAAGAUCAAGUUACAAUUUGGGUAGACCCWUUAGAUGGAACGUCAGAAUUCACAAAAGGUUUAAUAGAUCAUGUUACAAUAUUAAUUGGAGUAUGUGUUAAUGAUGAAGCUGUGGCUGGAGUAAUUUAUCAACCAUUUUGGCAAAAUAGUGGUCGAGCACUUUGGGGUCUUGUUGGCAGUGGUGUAGGUGGGUUYGAGUUAAAAGAACCCCCUCAAACAAAAAAAGUGUAUGUAACCACUAGGAGUCACUAUGAUAAAGCAAUAGAAACAUUUAUUGAUGGUUUAAAACCUUGUGAAGUUAUACGAGUUGGUGGUGCUGGAAAUAAGGUGCUUUAUAUAUUAGAAGGAAAAGCACAUGCUUAUGUUUAUCCAAGUGCUGGUUGCAAACGAUGGGAUACGGCAGCACCAGAGGCAGUUCUAAGAGCAGCUGGUGGUGAAUUGACGGAUAUACAUGGAAAUAAAUAUAGCUAUAGCAAGGAAAAUGAAAAAGACCCUUUAAAUAAAUAUGGAGUAUUUGCCACGGCUCCUUCUUAUAACCAUACUGAAUUCAUGAAACUUAUUAGUGACAUUCAGUCAAAAAUGACAUGAGUAUGUUCUAUGAGUACAUGUAUUUAAAAUGCAGGUGUUAAGUAACAAUUAAAAUACAAACACUAUUAAUUUAAUUUUUAUCAAUAAAGUAUACUGGACAACAUACAUUCCCAACAAAUAUMAGGUGUAUUUAAUGUAUUACAAUAAUUUUGAUUAAGUAAAUAACUUUAAUCUACAAAUUCUAAUUUAAUAGUUUGGUUCUCAUUUUUUCAAACACAUGCACUCAUACAAUAUUGUAGAUAUUUAUAGCUUGUAUUAAAAGCUUUAUUUAAACUUGCUAGAUGUAUUUUAUUUGUUGCAUUGAAUAUUUUAUUUCAUUUAUAUGAACUUAAAAUUAUUAAUUUAGUUUCAAGUACAAAAUAUGGAAAUGUUUCUAGAAAUAUUAUUUUGUUUUUGUCAAGKKGUUUUUAACUGGUAUAUUAUAACUCUUUUGUAAAUAAAGUUAAAAUUCAGUAUAUAUAAUAUAAUUAGGUUUUUAUAAACUUAAAGGGUUAUAAUGUUGAGAAUAGACAUCUCAAGAGUUCCUGGUAUUAAAUGUUGUAUUACCUGUCAUUCCUUAUGUUUUUUUUUUUAUACAACCGCAAUAAUAAUAAAAUCUGUUGAUUACUUAAAUCAUAGUUUUAAAGUUAUCUUAAGUUAUAAAUUAAAGCUUUAAUUGAUCACAAAAAAUCAUAUUGGUUUGAAAGUCAAAAUGUAUAAUUUCUUAAUUAUUAUUAUCCUACUUAAUUGGCAGAACACAAUUAAGUUAAAAUAAAUUAUGCCUUAGUCUGUCUUCCACAAGGACAAAUAUACUGCAAUUGGAUCAUUUCACUGUACUAAUUUAUAUUAUAGGUAAUAUAUAAUAAAAAUUAUAAAAUUGUCUGUUAAAUUUUAACAUGCACGCCAUUCCAUAAUAGUGAUUAGUGAAUACUACCAAAAUAAUAUCUGUUAUUCUGACUAUACUGCUAAUUAUUUAUAAUCUACCCGAACCCAUCUAUUUCUUAUAUUAUACUUUAUACAAAUGCCAAUACUGUUAAGUUUGACAACUAUAUGAACAUAUUAUUUACAUUAAUAAAUUUAGA